CAUGCUGGAGAACAUUCAGUGGUAAAGCAUUCAGUUCCUUCCUGUUCAGAAGCCAAGGAACUUGUGGAAACUGGGAAACUUCAAUUGGCUGAGGGUAUGCUUAGUGAAGCCUACACUUUAUUCUCUGAGGCAUUCUCAAUUCUACAACAGGUUACUGGUCCCAUGCAUCGGGAGGUUGCUAAUUGCUGUCGAUAUCUUGCCAUGGUUUUGUAUCAUGCUGGAGAUAUGGCGGGGGCUAUUAUGCAACAACACAAGGAACUGAUUAUAAAUGAACGUUGUCUUGGUUUAGAUCAUCCGNACACUGCUCACAGUUAUGGAAAUAUGGCUCUGUUUUACCACGGACUUAACCAGACAGAACUUGCCCUUCGCCAUAUGUCCCGUGCUUUGCUAUUAUUAAGUUUGUCAUCAGGGCCAGAUCAUCCUGAUGUUGCAGCAACAUUUAUCAAUGUUGCAAUGAUGUAUCAGGAUAUAGGAAAGAUGAACACAGCUCUUCGUUAUCUGCAAGAAGCUUUAAAGAAGAAUGAAAGGCUUCUUGGCGANGAGCACAUCCAAACUGCUGUUUGUUAUCAUGCUCUUGCCAUUGCAUUUAAUUGUAUGGGUGCUUUCAAGCUCUCUCAUCAGCAUGAGAGGAAAACGUAUGAUAUUCUUGUCAAACAACUUGGUGAAGAUGAUUCAAGGACACGAGAUUCACAGAAUUGGAUAUGGUUCAUCAAUAUCUACAUUUGAAGGGUUCUAACUGAGACUCAGCUCAAAAGUGCUUAUAUUGUGUUGUUGGAAGAGAAUAGAAGAUAAGCAGCUUCAAAAUGGGAG